AUGCUGGGAGGCGCGGGCUGCGUGGCGCUGCGCGGGCUGAGCGCCGGCCGCGCCUCGCGCGCCGUCGCCGCCGCCGAGCUGCUGGCCGCCGCCGCCGACGCCGACGCCAACGACAGACCGGUAUAUGUGGACGUGGACGCGGAGGGCUACUUGGUGCCGGCGGGCGCGCGCGGCACGUGCGGCGCGGCGGCACUGGCGGCGCGCGCGCGCCUGGCGCCCGGUAAUGCCGUGCUGGAGCGUGUGGAGGCGCCCGGUAAUGCCGUGCUGGAGCGCGUAGAGGCGGCGCGCUCGCGCCUGGCGCCCGGCAAUGCCGUGCUGGAGCGCGUGGAGGCGGCGCGCUCGCGCCUGGCGCCCGGUAAUGCCGUGCUGGAGCGUGUGGAGGCGCCCGGUAAUGCCGUGCUGGAGCGCGUGGAGCCCGCGGCGCCCGGCGCCUGGCGCGUCGUGGUCACGGCCGCCGCGGCGCCGCACGCCGAGCUGCUGCUGUGGCCCAGCGAGGACGCGCUCGAGCGCGCGGCCGUGCCGCACCUCACGCCAGAUAACAAAAUAGGUCCUGGUGAAUACGGUUGCCACCGUUGCGACGCCCGCUUUGACGCUCCACACAUGCUGCGGGUGCACCUGUUCCUGGGCUGCCGGACGCCGUCGGCGCUGCUGUUCCUCUCCGCCCUGGUGCACGGCGCGAGCUCGCCGCUGGACCUGCGGAGCGCGUUCCGGCCGUACACGGGCGCGUCGCCGGCGCGCCUGGCGCCCGCCGCGCUGGAGGCGCUGGCGACGGCGUGGGGGCGCGGCGCGGGCGGCGGCGCGGGGCACGCGUGCCUCUACUGCGGCCGGCUGUACUCGCGCCGCUACGGGCUGAAGAUCCACCUGCGCACGCACACGGGCUACAAGCCGCUGCGCUGCCCGCACUGCCGGCGCGCGUUCGGCGACCCGAGCAACCUCAACAAGCACGUGAAGCUGCACGGCGCGGGCGCGGGCGCGGCGCGGGGCGGCGGCGCGCACGCGUGCGCCGAGUGCGGCAAGCUGCUGGUGCGGCGCCGCGACCUCGAGCGGCACAUGCGCGCGCGCCACCCCCCCAGCGAGCUCUGACGGCUCCCACCGAUGUGCCGUACCCGCACCGACCCGGGUAGAUUAUGACUGCAAGGGGAUGCCGAAAUCGAGACAAAUGUCUUAGAAAACUUUACUGCUAAGUAUAAGUAGGUAGGUCAUACCGAGACGAUGUCCGAGUCAUUUCGA